CGCAGAAAUGAACUUUGAUGUUGACAAUAUCAAAGGAGACUUAAAGUCAGAGAAAACCAGUAAUGAAACAGACACAGAACAAACUAGUGCUGCCGCAGGAAUUUGCAUAGCUGAGGUAAACUUUGAUGUUCAAAACAUCGAAGGACCUUCUGCAUCAUCAGACUAUCUGCAGCCAAAUACAGACACAUACAACAAGGAGGAUAAAAUGUCGAUUGCUUUGUCUACUGGGCUAUGUAUCGCAGAUAUGAACUUUGACAUUGAAAAUACGGAACAUGUUUCUGAUUCAUCAGACUACCUAGAACCAACUGAAUUCGGUUUCAGAACGCAUAUUCUGCAAGGUGAGGAAUCGGACAAUAAGACAUACGAACAAUUGCAAAAUGUCACUGACACAAAGGUUUCCAUUCCAAACUUAGAAGGCUUGAAUGAAAACUCCAUGCAAGAUGAUGCCAAUGAUAAGAUUUGUUUUGCGGAUUUGCACAAUUUUCAAGAAAUUAUGACGGAAAUUGAAUCUGUGGAAAAAUCAGCAUCAUGGAUUCGAGAUUCCUCAGCCAACGAAUACGAGAAAUUGGGAAAGUCUACAGAGAUCGAUAUUGACGUUCCAGAGGAAGAUCAAACGACAGAGACACCAACACCGUUUACUGAUUUCGGACCCGAUGUUUGCUUCGCAGAACUGCUAAAUUUUGAGCAACUGCUGAUUGAAUCUGAGGCGGUGGAGCAGGCACCCUCAGACGAUUCACAUGGAAGUCAUUACGACGAAAUCAAGAUUAAUGUGGAGAUAAACCAUGGCGAUGGAUCUGACCGUAUCUCUAAAUGAUCACAGAUACCCAUAUCACACCUUAGUAUAAGGAGAACUACCUGAAGACUUGUUACAAAUGGCUUCACUUAAAGACUUGGUAUACAGAGAACCAGCUAAGACUUGAUAUGCAGAGAACCAUCUAAGACUUGGUAUGCAGAGAACCAGCUAAGACUUGGUAUACAGAGAACCAGCUAAGACUUGGUAUACAAAAAUAAACGUCAGCUUUGUAAAUAGGCUAAGUAAUUGAAUAUACAAAUAUAUCUUGUUUUAUGGAGAUUCUAUAUAAUUCUUUUUUUUUGAUAUUGUAUGUAUUGUAUUUUUGGUAGUCAAUGACACUUUACUGUGUACGUUUUAAUAUUGUAUGUCUUGUCUCUUUUGUAGUCAAUGACAUUUUACUGUGUACGUUUUAAGGAACCAGGUACUUAUACGCAUCAUCCAUGGUUCCUUUUUUUAACAAUUGAUGUUUUCGUUUACAAAAUGCCUUAUUUUGAUAACUGUUCGUUAUGUUCUCCCUUCAUUAUUGUCAUAGUAUGGAUUUUGAAUCACUAUGGAUGUCUAUCAAAACAUUAUAAGAUAAACUAAAAUAACUAAAGUCGUAUGGUAAUUUCAUUUUUAUAUGUACUCGUACAUUGAGUUUUCUCUGCCAAGAUCAGAAUGUUUGACUUUUUAGAGUAAAUACCCUUUUGAAGAAAUAAUUGUACAAUCAAUUUACCGAUAAAUAUAUAUUCCGUUUUUAGACUGUCCACAUACAAUGUUUACUUGAAUAUAUUGAUUUCAUUUCUGCUUGUUUAUAUGGAACUAUCGAUGCUUGAUUUAGUCUAAUACGGAUAUAUUGAAAUCCAGGGGACCGAACUGGGUUAUUCAUUAAAUCCAAAGUUCAAUAUAACUGAUUCUGAACCAUAGGAAUAUUGUUACUGGAGAGGAAAUUUUACUUCGAUAUCACUUGUAGUACAAUACAAGGGACUUCAACAUAAGUGAAGUAGACUGUAUUUAUAUUCUUGCCCACCAAUCAGAGUCAGUUCGGAAUAUCGUGAAGGGCAUUUGCGUCGUUGAUUUAGAUGAAUACCAUAUUGUUUUCAUAAUAGAAAGCGUUUACUCAAGCUGGGACAUAUUCGAACACUAGACAUAUUUACGUUCCCUAAGACCAUGAAUGUUAUAUCCACUGAUCUGAGAUAGCGUUUAUUAUUAUCAUACUGUCAUCGUCUUCAGGAUAUACGCUUAACAAUAUGAAAAAGACAUUGCUUUUGUGAACGUUUUAACCUGGUCUUUCUCUUGGAACCUUUAAAAUAACAACAUGAUCUACUGUAUUCCAUCAAUCUAACUCUUUAUUAUGUAUUGAUUAAAAGAAUUGUCCUAUCAACAUCACCUGUUUUAAUUAUCUACAUUUUGUAUAUGUGCUAUUUGUCUGUAUAAAGAUGUUGCUGACAUCUUUUUUAAAAGGAUGUCAGCCAUCAUGACGAUGCAUUUUUCCGACUUAAAAAAUGUUCCUUAGUACACAAGUUUUCCUACUCAACGAUUAAACGCUACCAUGCUAUGUCAAUUUAAUGUUUUCUACCCCAUGAUCCCUGUAUUAAAAAAAGUGUUUGGAGUUUUACGGAGGAAUUUAUAGGAAAUAUUAUUAAAAUGUUUCGUCUUAAGAACAAGAAAAAAAUGAUAAUCCAAACAUCGUUAUAAACGAUUAAUUCCAGAAUAUCCACAUCAUGUCACCUUAGAUCAAAGUGGGUUAAUAAUCAUCGAAAAUUCAUGUUUGAUAUGACAACAUCACAUCAGUAAUGUGGAUCAUGAAUGUAUCAAUAUAUAUUUGAAAUUUAUUAUUAUUAUUAUGGUACCAUUGCUAUAAAUAGUAUGUUAUUUUGCAAGCGUUUUAUUAUUA